GAUCUAUCUACGUCAACUGCUAUUAUUAUUACUUUGCUAGAUUUCAAUACGGUGACGUCCGAGGUACACGCAGCGAUUGAUAUACACGCGAACACUUCCAGAACGCCUAAUUAUGUGUGUUCGUGUGCGAUAUUGUGAAGCAUCAACUGUAAUUUUAACAUGAGCUCAUCUAUUCCCCCUGGCGGGGAUAAGGAUACCAAACAGAGCAGCUUAGAUUCUCACACAAAUACAUACACACAAUCACAGAAACAUGCACACACACAUGUACGCCCGCAAGAAAGCGGCGCGGGAAAAUCCUCAGCCCCAAUCAGUCUACCAACAGCAACACAAACAAGUGUUAGAAUCCGUAAAUCACACCAAUCAGGGGAGGCCUCUUCCCCAUCAGGUGCGUCAUCCGGCAGCUCACUUGCGAAUUCGGCGUACACAUUCGAUCUGUCGGGGUCUGCCGAUGGGUUUUGUAACCUAUCCACCACGACAGCCAGUGGGAAGACCCUCAACAAGACCCAAAGCAGCCCCAAAAUAUCCUCUGUGGUGCUGGGACUCGGUAUAGAAGGUAAGCGCAGGGGCAGUUUGGGGCUUGUCGAGAUCAAAUUAGGCAAGCAGGUAGCGAUCAACAACAUGAGCAACAGCACAAAUAACAGCCCAAAAGACUCUCCAAACAUAUCUCCACACGUAUCUCCCAAGCCUUCUGAUUUCUCACAUAGUGACCACUCUGCGGGUCAGGGUAUGCAGCUAACACGCGUAAACAGUGCGCAUUCAGAUAGCGAUGUGAAUUCCAGGAUCGAUCGUCAUGGCAACGAUGUGCCCGUGUUGCACAAGCAGACCAGUUUAGAAAGCGGGUCCUUUGCCCAGUCCUCACCAACGGGGUUACACCGCAGCAGGGGAGAUAGUCUUGGUAACCGGUUAGCAAAUAGCCACGCUAGGAAGAGCGCGAAGUUAAGCCGACCCGACCGAGCCCAUUCACUACACGCCACCCCCCCACCGUUUAGGACCCCGAGUUUAUCACGGGUGGAUGAUCGGGGACUUAGGCGCAUGACUAACCCAGACAACCCCCCACGACCCCCCACUCCUCGAGGGAGCAGCCGGGAUAGGCCUACGCGCAUGCUGUCACAGAAGAGUCAUACUACAACGCCCAUCUAUUCACCUGUGAGUAUGAGAGAGGCGGUCGAGCAUAUGACCGCGCUGCAGCUGAUAGACAGCUCAGAGACUAUACAAACCGAAGGCACCGCGCAGUGUGGUGGGGGCAGUGUGGUGGGGAGCGGGGGGGGGUCAAAGGAGGGGCCAAAUAGUGCCUUGCACGGGAAUAGCAACCAUACUAGGACGUUGUCUCGCUUACGCGCGAAUACGUUGCUACGGUCGCCCAGCCGAGAACAGAUGAGGGGUAUGUUGAGCACAGGCAAUAGUUCUAGUAGUCUUGGCGACGUAUCAAAACAUGAGGAGGGCCCGUCUAUGGAUGGGUUUGUCAAAGGGUCACCCGGGAAAGGUGGUAGCAUAUCAGGGGUUAAGUCAACGGAGAAUACGGUGUACCGAGCGGGU